AUGUUUUCUUUUUAUUCUUCUUAUUUUAUAGAAGGCGGUUACAUGAACGAUUACAUUCCGCAAAUAUCACAAGAUAAUUCAGUUAUAAGAAGAACUCCAAUAGUUGCAAGUCACGAUGGUGGAAUACCAAUAUUUAGAGAAAGAAGCGCCGAAGAAACGGAAGCAGCACACGAUUUAUUGGAAUUAUCGAGAUCGUUACCACCCUUGCCUAAUCCCGUAGUGGUGAGAGUUUCGCCAAAAUGCGAUGAUCCACCCCAUGAUAGGAUUAAACUUUCAAAACCUUCUUAUCAGGAAAAACUCGAAGAAUCUCAGGUGUCUUAUUACGAUUCUUUCAAAACGGUCGAUAAUAUCGACGUGAGUAAAUCUCGAAUUCCCGUUUCCGUUGUCGUUCGAGUACCUCCUCAUACACAACAGGGAAUAAAAAAUUCAAAUCCAUCUUUUUCAACGUAUAAUAAUACUGAUAAAACUUCUUCCGCGACACUUUUGUCCUACGAUACUAUAUCGUCUCAAACAUACGAGGAAGAUAUAAAUAACGAUUCGGCGAAUUCUUCGAAAUUGGAAAAUUUAACGGAAUCGACUCCAUUGAAACCAUUAACAGAAGAAGAAGAAGAAAAUUCUUCUUCGAUCAUUCACUUAAACGACGCGUCAAUAAUUAACUACAAUGAAAAUUUGUCUUCCUCGAUUUCUGAUAAAAAUUAUAAAAUAACAUACGAUCAUGAUAAUUCUCAACCCGUCGUGUUAAGAAUGCCAUCGCCUCAACCCCCCCACAACGUCACACAUCUCAUAACGAGACCGGUACCUAAAAAAAUUAUAUCCAUAACACCAUCAGACACGUCGUCCGUCCCACCACAAGUUAUACAAUUUACUCAUAUCAUAUCGAACAAUACUCAAAUAGUCGAAGAAAUCCCUCAAACAUCUUCUUCGGUUAUUGAACAGGUAUAUCCCUUAUCGUCGGGUACUCUUCUUCCGCCACCGACAACCUUUCCUACACAACAAUCCGAACCGGUACCCGGGACCAAUGCCGUAUCGUAUACUCCCGUUAUACGUUUUCAACCCAGUAGUACGGAAUCAUCAGUCGAAUAUUCAAAUAACGAAACACAAACCGUCGUAAAACCUCCAACGUCGGAAUAUCAUUCGGACGCGGAAAACAACAAUCCAAAUUUCAAAAACAAAUCCAUAGUUAUAAGGAAAAAACGUAGCAAAGCAUCUUUUUUACCCAGCGAUUGGAAACGAAAAAAGACAAAUCCGUCCGACGAAAACGCGGAAAAUGCGGGAAAGGGAGGAAAAUAUUCUUGCACUCAAUGCGGUAGAAAAUAUGCGACGAGUUCAAAUUUAUCCAGGCAUAAACAAACCCACAGGAGUUUGGAUUCACAAUCGGCUAAAAAGUGCAUGACUUGCGGUAAAGCAUAUGUCAGCAUGCCAGCAUUGGCCAUGCAUUUGCUCACUCAUAAAUUAUCACACGCAUGCGGUAUAUGCGGUAAAAUGUUUUCAAGACCUUGGCUCCUACAAGGUCAUUUAAGAUCACACACGGGAGAAAAACCCUACAGGUGCGGCCAUUGCGGAAAAGCAUUUGCAGAUCGUAGCAAUUUAAGAGCACACAUGCAAACUCAUUCGUUUGAAAAAAAUUACAUUUGUUUAAAAUGUAAAAAAUCAUUUGCAUUGAAAUCGUACCUGAGUAAACAUCUCGAAUCCUCUUGCUUGAAGGAAAACAAUGACAUCGAAGUUAAAUCGAGCACCGAAUCCCCGACUAAUUCAAUGGAUACGAUCGAUGUGGAAACUUGGUCUAAAGAUGGCGACGCCGAUGAUCCUGUACCUGUUGAAAUCGAAACGGACGAAAGCGAAAUGGAUGAAAUCGUUGUCGUUUAA